AUGGUCGUGUUACAUGUAGAGAUAAUAGAAUAUAAUUCGAACAAAAUGGGCAAAGCGAAGAGAAAGAAGGGGAGUUUCCUCGGAGAUUGCGUAGGGUUGUUGCCCAGAAUCGGGGGACGUUGUCCGUUGUUGCCCGACGUCGGAGCCGGAUGUUCGCACGGACAAGACGCCGAAAGCGCUGCCAUUUUGGAGAGCAAAAUGUUCACGGCCGUGAAAAAGUUCCUUACGACAUCCCCUUUGGUUAACAAGGUCAAGUUCCUGAUGACGAGGCAGAACAGUGGGGUGGUAGGGAAGACCGGCGGAGAGGAAAAAACGGGCGAAUGUCCUUCGAGGAUGUCUGUAAGAACGACGACCAUCGUAUCGACAACGCAGACGACGAUGACGACGGCGACAAGAACACCGGCGAUUACGUCGCCGCCAUUAUCCGUCCUUUCGAAGGAAUCGGACGCGAUCGUUCCGUCUAUCGGUUCGACGGAGUCGCAGGUACAAGUGCAAUCGCAGGUGCAGGAUAUUAAAGGAGAGAGCAGUGGUGGAAGCGACACAGCUUUCCCGUCCUCCUCCUCUUCUUCGUCCACCGUCGUACCGAUGACGGACUCCACGAAAUUGUCCUCGAACGCUCUCAUGUCGUUUCCAGCUUCGCCCCAGAAAUUGGCUGCUCAACCGAGAAAGAUCACGGCUAUAACGAAGUCUCAGAUGAGGGAGUUUAGAGAGGCAUUUAAUCUCUUCGACAAGGAUGGCGAUGGAAAUAUCACGAAAGAAGAACUUGGACGGGUGAUGCGUUCCUUGGGACAAUUCGCCAGGGCCGAAGAAUUGAAUACGAUGCUGCAAGAGAUCGACAUCGACGGCGACGGGACCGUAAGUUUCGAGGAAUUCGUUGAGAUCGUCAGCAACAUCGGCGACGAGAAUUCCGGAACUUUGGCGGAUCAGGAUCAAGAGGAGCAAGAGUUGCGGGAUGCUUUUCGCGUAUUCGAUAAGCGUAAUCGUGGUUACAUCACCGCCUCCGAUCUAAGAGUUGUUCUACAAUGUUUAGGGGAAAAUUUGUCGGAGGAAGAAAUCGAAGAUAUGAUCAAGGAGGUGGACGUUGACGGAGACGGCCGUAUAGAUUUCUAUGAGUUCGUUCACGCGCUCGGUGAGCCCGGCAUAGACGAGGACGAAGAAGACGAGGAAGAAGAGGAAUCGCAGUCUCCGACAUAACGAGUCUUUUCGUUCGAAGAAAUCGCACCAAGAUCGAGGAUCGUCGAUCGUCGAAAGGAAUCGUUUUCAUGACGAUUCGUCUUUUAUCUUUUUUUCUGUCUAUUCGUCUUUUUCUCCCUUUCUCUCUUUCUCUCUCUCUCUCUCCUUCCUUCGCACUCUUGUAAUUAAAAAUACGAUGGGCAAUUCAACUUUAUUCGAUUAACGAAAAAGGAUAUCGAUCGUCGAUCGAUUAUUUUUUGUUGCCAAAUUUCGCACGGUAGAAAACGAUGACCAUCGAUGAUUCCGUACGUCGCUGCAAUGUUUCUUUCCAAUUCGAUGAAAGUAAUCGCUCACUGCGCGUUAUCGCGAUUGUAAGAGAACAGGCACUAUCAACGACGAAAGAAAGAAAAAAUAGCAUCUACAUUCGUCUAUGCGAUUCAAUACGUUUUCUCCGUUGGUGCGAACGAGAGGAAAUGUCGACGAUUAGUUAAUAAUAUAAAAAAUAAGAACGUUCUUGGCCAAUGGCAUCGAAUCGUUUUCGUCGUACAUGCAUAUUCGUUUACGCAUGUAAGUAUUUCGAAUAGAAACUCAAAGUGGUUUCUUUAAACUUCUCAUCGCACCAAAAAGCAUUUUAUUCUCGACGGUGAUCGUGUCGUAGAUGUAAUAAGGUCGUAAGCUCUAGGUUAAUGUCUUUUCUCCAGCACACACCGCUUUUGGAGUUUCUAUUUCGAGAUCGAUCGACGUGAAACGAGAUAGGAAGAAACGCGAAUCACCUGUUCCUCGAAAUCUCGUCGAGGGAUAUCGAUAAGCGACUUUUCUGCUUGGCCAUAGCAUCUAUUUUCCAAUUGUCUUCGAAUUAAGAUAAUUCCAAUCUUUUUAAGUAGAUAAGCCGAUCGAUGUAAUCCGAUUUUAAUUCGUUCGGGGAACUAAUCGAUCGUCGAGAACGAAAAAAAAAAUGAUCGUUGAUCGACGAGAAAUAUUUGGUAAACCGGUUUACAAUGGUCGAACAAAAAUUCUUCGAUCUUGCACUCUAAUUAAAAUCGUUAUAUUAAUAAAAUAUAAAUAAAUUAAACAAAUAAAUAAAGUGAUUAACUGCUAAUUACAAUGAUCAAGUCAAUGAUCUUUAAUGUCUUAUAAGCAACGGCGAUUCUCUCUUUUGCGAUAUCGCCUGUCUCGUCCAACCAAGGGACGAAUUUCUAAGAUAAAGCACGAAUUCAAAUUCAUUGUCAAAUCUGUCUGGACUGCUUUGUAACGCAUCGAGCCUCGUACGACGUGUCUCGAACGAUGUAACACUAUUACACCGAUAAUAAAAGUCGCAUGCUAUUUAAAAUUACUUAAAGAACUAAUAAAUUAUUAAGGAAAAUC